AUGGCGGAGGUAAGAGGGAAAACAGGGGAGAAGCGAUCGAUCUUAAAUCGAUAUUUCUAAGUCUUGUGUGUUGUAUUUUUCAUUUCUAUGUUAUCGAUUGAAGACAUAAUAGUUUUUUCCUUCUGUAUGGCGUGUUUCAUGUCAUAAUUGUCAUUUUUAUUCCUCUAUAAAAUGCUUGAAUGUCCGGACUGAUCCUUCACUACAAGGCCGCUGCGCCUCGCUCGCUCAGCUGCUUUGGUGUAGCGGCUGUGUAAAUUGAUACGUAAAUUUUACGUUAGCUUGCUAGUUAAAGGAAAUAACAGAUUAUAUCGUGUUUGUUGUGAAUGGAAAUGUGUCUCUUCUAGUCGGGCUAAAUUAGCGGAAGAAAUAUUAUAAACAUAAUUUUACUCUAACGAUUGCAGUUCAAAGCAAACGAAAUUAGUGUUUACAUUUUUUUUCGAUGCAUAACGUUAACGGUAAUCUUUAAGGUUAGCUUGCCGGCUAGCAAACUGUAACUGUAGCAGACACGUAAGUCUUACUGUACCCCUGAAGAUAUUCCUCUAUGUUUUUACUUUGACCGCCUCUUACCAUAGGCGUCAUGUUAAUUCCAGGGUAUUAAGAUACGGUUCUCUUACAGCUGUCCUUAGUGUUGAGCGUUCAUCAGCGGCUAACAUUUUAUUAGCCACCUAUUUUAGGUAACGUUAACGUUAGCGGUAACUAUUCUCGGUGGUCAUCAUACACAUGAUUAAAGGCCUUUCUUCAUUCCGCUUGAUUUGUGGUUAAAGUGCUGGCAUCGUAGUUGAACCCAUGUGUCAACUCUUUCACUCAUUUAACGUAUGCUCUUGUUUUAUUCUUUUGCAGGCUUCCCUAGGGAGUUCAAGUCCAGUUGGCUCUUUAUCGUCGGAGGACCAUGACUUUGACCCAACAGCAGAAAUGUUAGUUCAUGAGUAUGAUGACGAGAGGACUCUCGAGGAGGAAGAGUCUCAGGAGGGAGGGAGGAAUUUCAGCUCAGAGAUUGCGGAUCUUGAAAAGGAGGGGAACAUGCCUUUGGAGGAACUUUUGGCCAUCUAUCGCUACGAGGCCUCAGCGGGCUCCAGUAUAGACAGCUCCUCUGGAGACCUGACCGAUGAGCUGCCUGACAUGACUCUGGACAAGGAGGAAAUAGCUAAAGACCUGCUGUCUGGGGACUAUGAGGAGGAGACCCAGUCCUCAGCUGAUGAUCUGACCCCUUCAGUCACCUCCCAUGAAGCUACCGAUUUCUUCCCAAGAACACUUCGAUCCAACGCUAUCUCUGACGGCGAUAAAGAGUCGGAGUGUGAAGAAGACGGCCCAAGCCCAGAAGACUCCAGAAAGGAAAUAAUGGUGGGAUCACAGUAUCAAGCAGAGGUUCCUUCUGGCCUCUGUCACUACAAAGAUGAGGAGAAAGUUUAUGAAGAUGAAGACGAGUUAUUAUGGAGCCCAGGUAAAUUGGCAGAAAGCAAGGUUAGGACUUUCCUGUCUGACGUGUUGUCACGGACUACAAAUGAAAAGACGGGAUGUGACAAACCCUGGAUGCACGUUCGAGAUGACGAGCAGGCUUUGCUUGAGCUUGCCAAGUGCAACUACAACAUCCGUGAAGCACUAGAGAGACACUGCAUCCGUGUAAAGUCCUCAAAAGAAAAGUCACCUCCGUGGUCAGAAGAGGAAUGCAAGAGCUUUGAGCACGCACUACAGAUGUAUGACAAGAACUUUCACCUCAUACAGAAACAUAAAGUCACAACACGAACAGUAGCUGAAUGUGUGGCGUUUUACUACAUGUGGAAAAAGUCAGAGCGCUUUGACAUCUUUGUGCAGCAGAAUAGAUUUGGGAAGAAAAAGUACAGCAGCUACCCUGGUGUAACUGACCUGAUGGACAGGCUGGUGGAUGAAGCAGAGGGUCUGGCAGUGGAUAGUUCCUCCUCUGUGUGUUCAGGAGCAGGUGGAGGAGGAAGACUGGAGACCACCACAGACCAACAGCUCAGCCUGCUUAACUCCAUCACUGCCAGCGACCUCACAGCUUUGAGUAACACUGUAGCCACAGUGUGCAACCCUGCAGAGGUUGGGUGCAUAGACUCCUACAGCUUUCCGCCUCUGGAAAGUCUCCAUCGUGGGUCCCUGAACCACGACGAAUCCCUUGGUUUCUCUUCUAAUGGCUCAGACCCCGACUGCCUCAACAUGCUCGACGCCGGCUUCUACCACUCUGAUCUUGGCCAGCUAGGAGGAGUGUGCGUCAACAAGGACUGCGAGCGGCCCUCCAAGAGACUCAAGCUGGCCCUGCCGGACUCCUUUAUCAAUGACGUGUCUGUGGGUAACCUUGGAGUGGACUUCGAAGCGCGACGGACAACAACGCACCACCACCGGAUCACUGGCGCCAAAAUGGCAGUGUCUGUCACAGACUUCGGGAGUUUGGCUGGCAGCGGCGAGCCCAAUGGGUUUCUGGGAGCACAUGCACGGCACCACACACAGCACACUGCAGCACUUCAGUCAGAGUGAUCUUCCUCAUCGUCAUCCCUAGUUCUUCCCUUUUGAAACCCCCUAUCCCACUUGUACAUAAGACUGACCUCACUGGAGAAUCCAAUUUGUUAAAAAAUAUUAUAUAUGUAUAUAUAUAUAUAUAUUACUUUUUUGUUUUCAUUUUUUGUGUAAUAUGACAUCAGUGAUGUCUAUCAUAUAGAACUAAAAUCUUGAUUUCUCUCAAGAGUUUAUAGCCAUUUAUUUUAUUCUUGUUUUGCGGUCUUGAGAUGUGUAACGUCCAUGUACGGAGGGGCCCAGAGGCUGCAGUAGGAGAGUUGUGUAUCUUACUUCCUCACAUCUUCAGAGCUACAGUAUGUUAUCCUGCCGUUCUUUCAGCUGCCAAAAUUGGCUCAGUUUUCUGCCUCUAUUCUCAGUAUUUAGUCUUUGUUGUUUUGAAGUGGUACUUUUUGAACUUAAAGUUUGGUUUACAGGUACUCUUCAGUAACCAGGCUGUAACUAUAAUGGUUAUAUUAGUCCCCAAAUAAACUUUGCUGGCUAUUGUAUGAAGAGCAACACUAGCAUGGAGAUUAGCUUGGUGCGGUGGUUUCAGCUGCUACGGCCUUCUAGUUCGGUUUUCUUUUCUUAUUUUCUCGUGUGGAAGCUUGUCUGCUCGUUUACUUUAAAAAACAAAUCCCGUUUAGUCAAACUGAAGCCCCUGAUUCAUAGUUUUUCAUUUUUAAACAGCUAAUGGAGGAUACCUGUGCAGAGUAACAUAGUGGGUGUCACUAGGUUUUUUUAAGUUUGAUAUUCUGCCUCUUUCUGAAAAGGUAUCGGUCAGAAAAACAUAACUGCAAUACAAAGAUAUUGGUUACAUUAAUAGUCAUUUAAACUUGAGACAUUAUCUGGUGCUGUAGAGUGUAUUUAUUACAUACACGUUUUCCUUUUGUGAAAUUUAUUUUGAUCCCUUCAAUCAUGCUACUUUAAUGCAAAUUUAGCUGUACGUGUCCUGUAUAUGUCCCAUCAAGUAAUGCCAUUGUUAGGCCACUUAGCAAGCUGCUAGCAGUAUUAUCUCUUUAUUUAAAGCCACUUGGAUUUUGUAUUCAAUAUCUGCCUAACCUGUACUGACUAGAGAAUGCCUUGUGUAAUCUAGUCGACAGUUUCUCGAAGUCUAGUAGCAGAAAUGGAGCUGUCGUCUCUUGACUGAAGUCCAUAAUUGUGAAUUUUUAAAUGUUUUGCGGGUCAUCUUCAGUUGAUUGGAUGCAGUAGUAGUGUUUACUUAAUUUAUCUAUGCAUUGUGCUAUGAAUAAUUAGUUUGUUUCAGGGGUACAUCAUGUUUGUCAUGUCCAUAGAUGUAGUAAUUCACCGUUACGUGUGUACAGACAGGAUUCGUGCUUAUAAACCAUAAAGUAAUUAAUUUUCCAAGCCCAGCAUCACUUCUGCAUUUCAUGUAAAUAAUUAGCAAAUAGCCUUUAAAAAGUCUAUUAACUGACCUCUUACACUUGUGAAUCUAUGUUGAUACAAAGGUUUUAAUUUGAUUCCUUGACAAAAGGCAAUAAUUUGUAGAUAUGUACAGAUAUUUUGGGUUUUACAUUUUACCAGUUGACUUGGUGUUUGAAUUUCUUUUCCUCUUUUUGGAAAGUCAUGAUCCCCAGGACACAGCUGAAACCACGCAUGCCAGCUGUGUCUGUCUCCCCAGUGUACCACUGAAAACGGCUUUACCUGAAGACUUAUUGAUAUUACUCAAUGUUGCAAUUUUGCUUUCAAAACUUGCAGCCAUGUGUAAAAGACGCUCGUCUUUCUCUUUUUUUACUUUCAUUUUGUUUCAUAUCUAUAUUUGUCUUGAUGGUAAAGGGAUGGCUGCUGUUCUAAGUAUGUGGAGAGCUAGUUUCUCUUUUAAUGCAAUGUGCAUAAUGCAGUAGGUCCUCAAAGCUCUUCUAGCUUUAGCAGUGCAGUGAUAUUUAUUUCACCUGUGGUUUGUACAAAGAUUCAGAAAAACUGUCAGAAUGUAAAGGCCAUUAAGUAGUAGAAGUAGGUUUUUCACCACCCUGUGAACUCUCGAAAAUGUGAUAUUUUAUUGAUAUCUCCGGUAUGAGACGUGUGUGCAAGAAAGCACUAAACAAAUUUAUUUUAUAUUUUGUAUUGUGUUUUGAAGUUUAAAAAGGAAAAACAAAUAUAGCAGUUGUGGUUUUGAAAA